GUUAAAUUUUAUAUAUUUUCAUAUAUACUUUUUAUUUUAGUGAUGAGUUCAACUAAAGCUAAAAAAGAAGUAUUUUGCAUCCAUCAUAUUUUAACAGCUUACGAUAAAGAAACUGGCUUUACAUUAGAUGACAUUGAUGUUAAUUUGUGUACCUAUUUGGUUUAUGCCUAUUUUGGUAUAACAGAAAGUGGUCAUUUAGUAUCAAAAAGACCGAUGUUAGAUCAUUAUAAAGAAAAUGUUAUUAAGUUCAAUAAUUUAAAAAAUGAUAACGGUGAAUUGAAAACUUUACUUGCUAUCGGAGGCUGGGAAAAUGAAAAUUCACCAAAAUAUUCUAAUGUGGCAGCCGAUCCAGGUAAAAAAAGGAAUUUUAUUAGAAGUACUACAGAAUUUAUAAAGAAAUAUAAUUUUGAUGGGAUUGCUUUACAUUGGUGUUUCCCUGGAAUGUUUGGAGGUGAUCCAAUCUAUGAUAAAAUUAAUUUUUCGAGAUGGUUAAAACAGAUAAAAAAUGAGUUUGCAAGGUUAGACUUUAAAUUAAUGGUAAUGGUUCAAGGUGAAGUAAAUAACAUUGAUCUAUCAUAUGAUGUUCCUGGUAUAAAUGAAUCGGUUGACUUCAUUUUUUUAACAACAUAUGAUUUAUAUGGUAAAUGGAGAGAUCAUAUUGGUAUUCAUAGUGGGUUGUAUAAAUCUCCUAACGCAAAUGUUGAUUAUUUAAAUGCUGAUUUUGUUGUACGAAAUUGGAUUGAAAACGGUGCCGCACCAGAAAAACUAAUAAUGGGUAUUCCAUUUUUUGGACGAACAUUUACGCUUGCCGAUGCAAAUGAAAAUCAACCAGGUGCAAAAUUUUCUUAUGUUGGUGAACAUGGAGAAUUUAUGGAUUAUUUAAAUAUAUGUAAAAAUACUAAAAAUGGUAAUUGGAUUCUUAAAUGGGAUUCUGAUGCUAUGGGUCCUUACUCUUAUAAUGGUAAUCAAUGGGUUGGUUAUGAUAAUAUUCAAAGUAUACAAAUUAAAGGUAAAUAUAUAGAUAAAUAUAAAUUAGGUGGGGCAGCUGGUAUUUUUAUAGAAGAUGAUGAUUUUAGAGGUAUUUGUGAUAAUGAAAAAUAUCCAUUGUUAUCAACAUUAGCGAAAGCUAUGGGACUUAAUGUUAAAAAAGAAAUUUCUAAGCUUCUUAUUAACAUAAAUUUACAAAAGAAAAAUAAGAAAAAUCAAGAGCAAGAAGUUGUCCUUAAUCAUAAUGAAAAAUUUGAAUUGUAACAUUGUAUUAAGUAUUUCUUAUCCUAAAAGCCAGAUGAUUAAAUUUUAUCUAAAUAAUGCUAAGUAAUUAAUAGUUUUUAUAUAGCUACUGUAAUAUAUAAAAUGCAUGUCUUGAAUAAAGUAUGUUAUAUAAACAAAAUGCCAUCAAUUAGAGAUAUUAAGCAUAAGACAACAAUUAUAUUAUGAAUACUAAACUAGUUUAUUUAUAUUCAACAAAUUCGGUAGAGUAUUUUUAACUGUCGCAUACAAUAUCAUCUUAAGAUUUUAUUUAUAGGAAUAUAAGCAUAAUUAUGCGUGUAUAAAAUGUUAUUUACAACAUGUCACAAUCUUGUAUGUAUAAAAAUUAUAAUUUAAUCAUAUCUUAAGUUUCAAAGAACAUCCUCAGAUCUAGAAAUUUUUAGUAUAGUCAUAAGUAAAGAAUGAUUUUUGUUGCCAAAUUUUUGUA